GCUAUAUGCAGUACAGGAGGUGUUGCCGUGUUGGGAACGCGUGAUGCGGUCGCUCGAAUCGAUUCCUGCCAUCCCGCCAUCGAGCAGCGAGCAGCCGUAGGAGAGGCACAUGCUACCGCUGCAUGACGAUUCCGCUGCUUGCCUGCAACGUCUCGUCCAUCACAAGACUCACGACUGGCUCUCCGAGACAUCCACGUCGACGACCACCAGUUUUGCAUCCUGCUUGGAAGCGUUGGACUGCACACAUAGGGCUCACGGCUCGCACCCAUCUUCCAGAACAAUCAUCCGCACUUGCGCAAGCUUGUCGUCAUUUCACUCGACAGGCGAGACCUAGCCGUAUUGUGUCUCACUUUGCUGUGCUGCAGCUAGCAAGUGCAAGCCUGCAAGCCACUCCCCUCCUACGACGGGUCACGGCAAUACACCUACGAGAAGGCACGUAGACCUGGCGAGCACUUCCAGUACUCUUGCAUCCAGCAGUCGUAAGAAGCCAAGGGAUUAAAAGUCGCUUGACGGAGACCCUCCGCCUCUUUUGCACCACUCCACAUCAACCAACACCUCGUCAAG